AGAGACCCCUGCAAGAUCACAGUUUGCUGUCAGCGGGCUUUGGAAUUAACAGGAACAGGAGAAAAUGGUUCAUUGAGAGAGUGUGAUACAGCCAGGAGCUUACAUAGCAGAGCUGCAGAGAUGUACGGAUUCAUUAACACAUGCCUGAAGUCGCUGGUCAUUGAGAAGUUUGGUGAAGAGACAUGGGAAAAACUGAGGACAUUGGCGAAUGUACAAGACACCUUCAUGACCUAUGAGAUUUAUGAUGAUGUCAUCACACUGAAGCUAGUGCAGGAAGCCUGCAAGAUGCUAGAUGUUUCCUCUGAGGUGGUGCUGAAGCUUUUUGGGGAGUAUUUCUUCAGCUUCUGUAAAAUGUCUGGGUACGACACCAUGCUGCGCACACUGGGGGGGAACCUAGUGGAGUUCAUCGAAAACCUGGAUGCUCUGCACAGCUACCUGGCACUCUCCUAUCAGGAAAUGAAUGCACCAUCCUUCCGGGUGGAGUGGACGAUGGAUGGAAAAAUGCUUCUCCACUACUACUCUGACCGAAGAGGACUGUACCACAUUGUGCCAGGCAUCAUUGAAGCUGUGGCCAAGGACUUCUUUGACAGUGAAGUGACAUUGACCAUUCUCAACCAAUUAGAAGAGGAUGAGCGCACAGGGAAGAAAGAGCAUGUGGUUUUUUUGGUUGUUCAGAAGACCAUAAGGCCAAAAUGGAGAGUGGGGCAGACCGAAGGCGCUAAUGAGUCAGAUGAAGAGCAGGCCAGAGAGGAGAGGGAGGAGAUCUUGAGGAAGAUGAAGGCAAGGUACGAAACCCUCCCCAAUUGUCCCCAGAGAAGAGCACCCUGGGAAAUUUUGCGGAGCAUUGUGAGGUUUGGGCAAGGUAAUUUUAUGACCUCUUUCACCCCAAGUUACCCAGAGAAGCUAUGGAUUGAUGAGCAGGCAUUCUGCAAUGUUUUCCCUUUUCACAUUGUCUUUGAUGAAAAUCUGAAGGUGAAACAGACGGGAGUGAACAUCCAGAAGUUUGUCCCGGGGCUGCAGACUAUGGAUAUCAAGCUGGAUGAGUACUUCAGGAUCGUUCACCCUCAGAUAACCUUCAACAUUGACAGCAUCAGGAAGUUCAUCAACAGCCAGUUUGUGCUGAAGACACGACGUGAGAUGGUCCCACAGUCCUCCCAAAGCAAGUCCUUGCUCAAACUGAGAGGGCAGAUGGUGUGGAUGGAGUCUCUGGGGUGCAUGAUAUAUCUGUGUUCACCCAAACUACGCAGCCUGGAGGAGAUGCAGGAAAGGGGCCUGCACAUUGCGGACAUCGCACAGCAUGACACUACACGUGACCUAAUACUGCUCAACCAGCAGCGUUUGGCAGAGAUUGAGUUGUCCAAUCAGCUAGAGCGCAAGAAGGAGGAGCUAAGAAUUCUCUCCCGCAACUUAGAGGUGGAAAAGAAGAAGACAGAGACAUUGCUCUAUGCCAUGCUCCCUCAUCAUGUGGCCAACCAGCUCAAGGAGGGCAAGAAGGUGGAAUCAGGCGAGUUCAAGGUGUGCACCAUCCUGUUCAGUGAUGUAGUGACCUUCACCAAUAUCUGUGCAGCCUGUGAACCAAUCCAGAUCGUAAACAUGCUCAACUUGAUGUACUCUAAAUUUGACCGGCUGACCAGUGUUCAUGAUGUGUACAAGGUGGAGACUAUUGGAGAUGCCUAUAUGGUGGUGGGUGGGGUGCCCGUUCCGGUGAGCACCCAUGCUGAGCGAGUAGCUAACUUUGCCCUGGGCAUGCGCAUUGCUGCCCGAGAAGUGGCCAGCCCCAUCACUGGGCAACCAAUUCAGAUUAGGGUUGGUCUCCACACUGGGCCGGUGCUGGCAGGGGUCGUGGGGGAGAAGAUGCCACGAUACUGUCUAUUUGGAGACACAGUGAACACAGCGUCCCGCAUGGAGAGUCAUGGAGUCCCAGACCACAUACACCUGAGCCCCACAACAUACAGUGCCCUGGAGGAUAAAGGUUUUGACAUCAGUGCGAGGGGGGAGAUCCAGGUGAAGGGGAAAGGCCUGAUGACCACAUACUUUCUGCUCCAAAACUUGUGUAUCUCUGAAGAACAAAUCAUGGGGAGAUAUGGACAGCCUUGUACCUACAGGGAUAACCAUCAGGAGGACCCAGAGAGCAAAUCAGAUGCCAAGGAGACAGACAGCAGCAGAGAGGAGGGAGCUUUAACAGGGGAGAAGGCCCUGGUCUCGACACCGUCCUUAGAGGCUGACCUCAACCCUGAGGCCAUGAGCUCCAGGCUCUGCAUGCUGCUGUGACAUGCAAACAGCCUACAUUCUGCCAGCGAUGAACCUGCUCCGUUCUUGCCCUGGCAGUAUUUCUAAUAUAACGUGUGCACAUCAUGAAUAGUGAAAGAUGCAUCAUGAGUAGCUGACAAAAUACCUCUAUUUAAAAAUUGUUGAAUGUUAAAAUGUUAAAGAUUGGAAGGUUUUCCACAGCAAUACUUUUUGCACAGAAUGUUUCUUUUUUCUUUUUAAUGAAACAUUACAGGAUUAUAAAUCAAUCCACAGGCACAUUUAACAUAAAAUAUAAGGUUAAUUUUUCUGUGUUUUAAUGCAUUUUUCUUUUCAUUUCUUUACAUCAGUUUACCCUGCUACUAUUACACACACAGUUACAGACAAAUAAAAUAUUCAAGCUCAAGCAAAGGAACCAUGUGUAUGUCAAACAAACAAACAGUAAAAACUGACCAGUAGGGAUAGUGAAUUUAAUUGUCUGAAGUGUAACAUUGCGCUAACAUAAGGCCCCUCAGGAGCAUUGCUCCUUCCACCAGUGUAUCUACCUGACCAUUAAGUCAUCAACUUCCACAACGCUGUUGGCCAUCUGGUGGGCCACCAAGCAGCUCUGUAAAGGUUUCAUCUGCACCUGCUGGCUGUGCCUUUAUGUGCCUUAUGGAUGGGUCCGCCACCUCAUUAUAUCUUCUUAAACAUCUUAUCCUGUCAUCCCCCACCCACCCACAACUCCAGGUUGCUUGCAAGCACUGCACCCUACAUUUAUGUGCUAAUGGUGUCAUGAGAUCCACUGGAUAGAAACGGACUGAUAAUGCUUACACACCAAGGGGAGUCUGUCACCCAUUGGGCCCUGACAAAUCUCCACAGCAGCUAGCUAAAAAUCCCUGCCAUUUCUUUUUUCUUUUGAAAAACUUCCUCACAUUUAAAUGAGAAUACAAGAUUGAAAAUAUUGUAAGCAUGCUUUCUCUGGCAGUUGUUCUGGACUAAUGUUUCCUGAUGCACUGUAGACUUGAGUUGGAAUGAUCUUUUUUUUUACAAGUAUACAUUGUGAUUGUGUGAUUGUAAUGUACCCUUAAUGUAAUGUCUGCUAAAUUAACAUAAUAGUACAUAAAUAACAGUCUUCAUGUAGCAUAUACACCAUAUAUGAAUAUGAUUAAUCUGAGUAGUAUGACCACAAUAAUUGUAAUUAGUGCCUAUGGUUUUCUUGGUUGGUGUCUGUUAUAUCAUCAACGAUACUGCAGUUUUAGUCUUAUCAUCUGCUUUCAGCUUAAUAAUGCAAUCUUUGCAUCUUCUGUUUAGCAUAAUUUCUAAUAAUAAUACCAUAGACUUAGACUUAAGGUGAGGCAAAAUGUAUAUGCACACUUUGUAUUAUUGUACAUUUAGACAUAUAGUU